CAAGUCGAGUACUACGUCAAAAUUCCCCACCUCUCAAAAUACGUACGUCAGACUAGUCACGGAUCUAGCGCCUGAUGUGGGACGAGAGGGUGAACUGAGAAGAACAAGAGCAAGCGCUGAAGGUACAGGAAGUGGUCCUGAAUGAUUUGACGUCAGUACAUGGGUCAUCGAGAUUCAACGUGCACGCAGAUGUGCGAUGUGACAGUUGGCGUCUUCGACUAAUGUCUCCAAUAUAUAUGGGCAUCGCUGGAGGUAUCAGAGGGAAAGCUGAGAGCAUGGGAGUGGUGCUGGAGACUCAAAAAUGCGACAGCGGCAAGGAUGGCAAAGUAGACGGGCUGAAUGGGCUUCAUAAUACCUGUUACAACCAUCCUUUAAUGAUAGCGGUAUUGGAAGAGCUGAAUGUCGAUCGCGAUUUGGGUCUAUGCGUCGCGCAAAAACGACUCUUCCUUUACGAACGAUUGAGGAUCAGCGACCGCAAAUUUGCCAGUAUCAAACACAGAUGCCCCCCGGGCUCAGUCACUUUCCAGGCUAACCUGCGAGCCAAAGCUCUUACCCGUACGAAAGCAAGAGCACACAAUCGCAGUACUCAACGCAUUAAGGAGGGCAUUGUGAACAUGUGGAGAGUACAUCUUUGUGAGAACACAUUCCUGCAGCCGCAAGCAUACACUGUUGCAAAGUGCACCUCUUCCACAUCUCUCAACGGCGCGCUCUCAGAUCCCGUUCACAGUGCUUCCAUCGGCACUUGACGCGCAACUCAGGUGGGGCACAAACUCUGUGGAUUUCCCGCAGGUGAGAGGAGAGAUCGUGACCACGGAGAAGUGUAAUCCACCUACUCACCCCACUCACACACGAAUGAUUGUACGAG